UUUGUUUCUCAAAGACCCCCCUUUGCCUCUCUAAGACCUUCUUGCAUCAUCAGUCCUCUCAUGGCUUCAUCCCUGGCCGAUCAAACUCCUGAAAGUUCAACGACAAAUAACAUGGUCCAAAUUAGAGUCCACAUUCUCUUUCUACUCAAUGUGGAAGGGCUUAAGUCACUAGUUCAUGCAUCGCCCAUUUAUCAUGACCACUCAGUGAGCUUCUCGCAGACACGCAACCACGAUAGAAUCCAUGAUUUAUUCGAGACACUCACAAAGCGGCGCUUUUCGGCCCGACUCACAUUGAAAGAUGCCAUAGAUAUGGUAACUUUUUAUCUCUCGGUCUUGAAACCUUUCUCACGGCACUAUUCUGCGUGGGCAUUAGGAAAUCUAGCCGAAGAGCGGGAAGCAACACAUACCAAGAUCGACGAAGGCCUGAGUGAAUCGGAAGAAUUUAGGAUAAUCCGCUCUCUGUAUCGCUUCCAGUUAUGUAGUAAUGUAUUCGGCAUCGGACCCAACAAGGACAAGCUUGAUCUUUUCAGGAUAGACUUUCAACUCAGUGAUACCGAGAUUUUAAAGCUACUCGAAGAUUUAUGGGAACCAUGGGAAGUAGAGGAGAUCAAUUGCAUCAAUAUCUUUGCGGAAACAAAAUGUCGUGAGAUUCAUGAUGCUGUGAGCUGGGAUUUCAGUGAGAAGAACCCACGGUUUGAUGAUCAGGAAAGACCGCCCAGUCCGGACGGGGCAGUGAAUAUACCACAGCACAGCCAUGCUUUUCUAAUCGGGACUAUUACACAAGGCCUCGAGCGUUUGUAUACUAUCUUUUUCAAGGUCCAGGAGCACUCGGAAUUAGUCAACAUAAUGGAGCAGACCUUGGUUCUUUGGCUCGAGGAUUUCCUUGAAGGAGAUGUUCAUGGCGCGUUCACCCACGCGGCACAAAGUGGGCGUCGAGUUAGGGCACCGUCCGAGCGAGAUAAGAAGGAGGAGCGAAGAGAGCCUUUGCCUUUCCGGGGUGAUAGGGUGAACGACUACUCGGAAGGAGCGUAUCCGCCAUUGGCAUGGACACUUUUGUGGAAAGGAACAUACAGCAAUAUGUUAGGAAGCUACAUACCUGAUGAAUUCCACAGGUGGGGGUAUGUUAUGUGGGAUGCGGCCCGGUUGGAGCGCACCGGUGCGAAGGAAGUAUUCGCAAGGGGGUGGGACUUGAUGUGGGGUGAGAAUGAAGAUGCGAGAGACCAGAGAGAACUUUUUUGA